CAUUGGUUAUUUGAUGUAGUGUUUGUGUGUGUUUAUUGGUUGAUGUGGUAGAAAAAAUAAAAUCUGAUAUGCCAAGGAACACCGUGUAGUGGAUGGGAUUAGUAUAAUCUCCAGGUCACAGUGUAGGUCGCUAGUAAAUUCUGUCACCCACCUGCUAUCAGUUUAAAGGAUUUCACACGUCACUGCAGGAUUAGAAUCUGAUCGAGUUGCUGUCCAGGGUGCUGAAUCUUAACUUUAACGGGUUGUCCCACCUCCCCACCUAUUUUAAUACAAUUAUAACAUUUCUUUAUUCUGAAAACACGUUUUUUUUAAACCACUGGUACAUUUGAACGUGAAGUGUACACGUUUUGUAUUCUUAUUUUCGGGAGUUAUACGAGUUCUUUUGGUAACAGCCUUGAUUACAUUAUGAGAUUUUCAGGGAUUAUUUUCUGAAACCCAACACGUCAUUAAAGUAAGGAAGAGAAAGCGAAUUGCGCGUCUCUCUCGACGAAAAUAUGGGACUUGGUACAGCCGGGGUAUGAUCAUUUGAAGAACACUGAAUUGUGAAUACAUACACUGUAUUACACUGCUGGGCUGCGAUGCUACAUCAGCUUUGUCAGUUUCAUGGCUUUGCACUGAGAUGGACGAAGAGCAGCCCGCGAUGGAGUAAGUCUAAGCACCAGAGGUCCCCAGUCCCGUCAUUAAUCUCACUGCUGUGCUGGUCUCUAUUCGCUGUUCUGUCGCGUCCUUAUUUGGUUCAUGCGGCAGUUUAUAAAGUGGGGGUGGUGGGACCUUGGACGUGUGAUCCACUCUUUUCUAAAGCACGCCCGAGAGAGGCGGCCCAGUUAGCUGUUGAUCGCAUCAACAAAGAUCAUUCAUUAGACCAAGUGGACACUUUUGACUAUGUUAUACUCAACGAAGACUGCCAAACAUCCAAGGCCUUAACGGGAUUCCUUGGGUACCACAGACAGGUAUCUGGGUUCAUUGGACCCACCAAUCCCGGGUACUGCGAUGCCGCUGCCCUUUUGGGUAAAAACUGGAACAAGGCUGUUUUCUCUUGGGCCUGUAUCAAUACUGGGCUGGAUAAUGUGAGGAGCUACCCAACAUUCGCAAGGACCUUGCCCUCGCCAGCAAGAGUUCUCCUCAGCGUCAUGAAACACUUCCGGUGGGCGCACGCUGGCAUUGUCUCCUCUGAGGAGGAUGUUUGGGUGGACACGGCUGGCAAAGUGGCCAGUGCUCUUCGGAACCGUGGGCUCCCUGUCGGCAUCGUCAUCUCCAUUGGCCGAGAUGAUCCAAGUAUCAAGGAAGCACUGCGAAAAGUGAAAAAGGUGGAGAACCUGCGCAUGGUGAUCAUGUGCAUGCACUCUGUGCUGAUCGGGGGACAGGCGCAGGGCAGACUCCUGGAGGCGGCCCACGACCUGCAGAUGACGGACGGCUCCUUGGUGUUCGUCCCCUACGACACCCUCCUGUACAGCCUCCCCUAUGAGCACGUCCUCUACCCGGCCCUGAGGACCAGCAGCAAACUGCGCGAGGCCUACGACGCAGUGCUCACCAUCACAGUGGAGUCCGAGGAGGCUACCUUCCACCAGGCCUACCAGGAGGCUGUGGACAGAGGGGAGCUGGCAGACCCAGCCAAGCCAGAGCAGGUAUCCCCCUUAUUUGGAACCAUAUACAAUUCUAUCUACUUCCUUGCUCAUGCCCUGAAUAUCAACAGAAGGAAUGGAGGCUGGGUGUCAGGCACCCACAUAGCAGAGUCCUCCCGGAACAUGGAGUUCCCCGGCUUCAACCACAAGAUCAAGACGAACGGCAGCGGGGCCGGCUUCGUGGACUACGUCAUCCUGGACACAGACGGGAGGUCCCAGGAGAUCUACCGCACGCACACGGUCAACAUGGAAACCGACAUGGUGCGUUUCCUGGCCCGAAGCAUUCAUUUCCCCCGGGGCGUGUCACCAAAGUCAGAUUCGAGAUGCUGGUUCACUCACGGAAAAAUUUGUACCGGAGGUGUUGAUCCCUUCUUUGCUCUAAUGGUUUGUGUCUCUGUCUUCUUCGCCAUUAUCUGCUUUGUGGGGCUUUCUUAUUUAAUAAGGCGUCGAAUAAACCUAAUUAAACUACUUAGAGGGCCUAACAAAAUUCUGCUUACCUUGGCUGAUGUGACGUUUAUCAAUCCCCAGCUAAGCAUGAAGAAACUGAGUACUGAUGCUAGUGAUGGUGCAAAGAGCCUCUCGGAGACAUAUCAAAGCCAGAAGUCCCACGUGAGGUCCAACGCAUCCAGCAUGACUCCCGCCACUUACGAGAACUCAAACGUGGCCAUUUACGAGGGAGAUUGGGUUUGGAUGAAGAAAUUACCCAGUGGAGAUUUUGGAAGAAUAUCACCGAGCACCAGUAUUGUUUUUCAGAUGAUGAAGGACAUGCGCCAUGAGAAUGUGAAUCUUUUCCUGGGUUUUUUCCUCGACUGCGGAGUGUUUGCCAUCGUGACGGAGUUCUGUUCCCGAGGGAGCCUAGAAGACCUUCUCCGGAACGAUGAUGUAAAGCUGGACUGGAUGUUUAAGUCUUCCCUGCUUCUCGACCUCAUCAAGGGUAUGAAGUAUUUUCACCAUCGGGACUUCAUCCACGGGAGGCUGAAAUCCCGGAACUGUGUGGUAGACGGGCGAUUUGUACUGAAAAUAACUGACUAUGGAUACAAUGAGGUGCUAGAGUCUCAGAAGUUCCCAUAUAAAGAACCUGCUGCAGAAGAGUUAUUUUGGACAGCCCCAGAAAUCCUUCGGCUGCCUCAUGCAACGCUGAACAGCUCUUCCAAGGGGGAUGUGUACAGUUUUGCCAUCAUUAUGCAGGAAGUGGUGAUGAGGGGCCCACCAUACUGCAUGCUGGAGCAGUCAGCAGAGGAUAUCAUUGUGAGGCUGAAGAAGCCCCCUCCUUUGUGCCGGCCCCUCGUGUCUCCAGACCACGCCCCCAUGGAGUGCAUCCAGCUGAUGAAACAGUGCUGGAACGAGCAGCCAGACAGACGACCCACCUUCGAAGAGAUAUUCAACCAGUUUAAGAACAUUAACAAGGGAAAGAAGACGAACAUCAUCGACUCAAUGCUGCGAAUGCUGGAGCAGUACUCUAGCAACCUGGAGGACCUGAUACGAGAGCGGACAGAGGAGCUGGAGAUAGAGAAGCAGAAGACAGAGAAGCUGCUCACACAGAUGCUACCUCCGUCUGUGGCAGAGGCCCUGAAGAUGGGCUGCACUGUAGAACCAGAGCAUUUCGAAGAGGUCACCUUGUAUUUCAGCGACAUCGUCGGGUUCACCACGAUAUCGGCGAUGAGCGAGCCCAUUGAGGUGGUGGACCUUCUGAACGACCUCUACACAAUAUUUGAUGCUAUAAUAGAGAACCAUGAUGUUUAUAAGGUGGAGACUAUAGGAGAUGCCUACAUGGUGGCGUCCGGCCUGCCCAAGUGCAAUGGAAACCGUCACACAGCAGAGAUCGCCAACAUGUCUCUGGACAUCCUCAGCGCCGUGGGGACCUUCAAGAUGAGACACAUGCCAGACGUACCGGUCCGGAUCCGAAUCGGACUGCACUCAGGGCCUGUGGUUGCAGGAGUGGUAGGCCUCACUAUGCCACGGUACUGUCUGUUUGGAGGCACGGUGAAUACAGCCUCACGCAUGGAGGCCACAGGGAUGCCCUACCGCAUUCAUGUCAGUAGCAGUACUGUUAAAAUUCUAGUGGGCUUAAAAGAAGGAUAUAAGGUAGAGCUAAGAGGAAGAACAGAACUGGAGGGCAAAGGCGUGGAGGAGACUUACUGGCUGAUUGGGAAGGAGGGGUUCAGCAAACCACUGCCCAUUCCUCCAGUGAUCAAAUCAAAGCAAAUGGCUCAUGGCUUGCAGAUGGAGGAAAUAACUGCGUCCAAGCGACGGAAAGCAGAAAUGCAGCUUGCACAGAAGAAUAACUGAGACCUGAGAUGGCGAAGGACUACAAACAGUUGCUUAAAAAUGCAGUAAAGAAGAUAAGUCACGUUCGCCAGGUAGCUCCUACAAUCUAAAGAGGGUCCCGUCAGCAUGUGCCACCACUGAGGACCGUUGCACUGUAACAAACUGUCACACGCCCAGCCUGGUGAGGGAUGGACGAUCUCCAACCGCCCAGUAACAUUAAAGAGGACUGUCUGGAGGGGAACAGGGUUAGCAGCAGCAUCUUGCUUUUAGCUGUCUUUGAUUCUGAAUGCUGUUCUGCUAUGCAAAGCCUACCAAGGAAGACAACAGCAUUUACAACAAGCCUUCGACUGCUUUCAUAGCUCGAACAUCACUUCCCUGUCGCUGAUUUGCAUGUGUCGCGGCAAUACGCUGACUUUACCAAAGAAUUAUAGAAUGUAAGUAAAAUGAGAAUAAGGAAGCAUUGACAAUUCAACAUCUCAAGUGAAGAAUGGUCUCUAUUACACCAUCAGGGGUCUACAGUAAAGAGACGCCCCCUACUUAGACUACCAUCACUUUCUGCAACACCUUAUUUUCCAUGGAGUCCUCCCAUCCAAGGACAAUACUAACCAGGCCCAACCUUGCUUAGUCUCAGAUCUAACGGGUAUAUCUUUUUAUUUAAGGGGUAGCAGUGAAACCUGGCGAAUCUAGACCCCAAAGGAUGAGCAAGAAGAUUACAGGUCUACCCCCACCUCACUCAUAGUGGGUGCUGUAGUGUAGUGUAUUAAUGGCAACACAUUGUAAAAACUGGAGAAACAAGCAUUGUAAGACAGGUACAGAACACGCAACGUGACGGAUGUCAUCCUCCGCUUCACUUUUAAAAUGUUUUAUCCGCAGCAGUACUGUGUGUGACUUGUAAAUAUAGAGACACUUUGUGUGUUGGAGUUGUCCAUUCCCCAGUUCAUAACUGCUCUUCUCUCUUGUAAUGAGCUGAGGUAUUGUCGGCCGUUAGGGGCUUACAGGUUUUUUUUAGACAGCACCCUGAUAAAUACAGUCGAAUGUGGUGUUAAAAAUAGCCCAUGCUAAGCGCAACGAGGAUCAAACCUGUCAUUCAGAAUCUGCUAGGGGGGGGACUUCUGUUUUUUCUUCCCAACAGACUGCCCUUGAAAGCAAACAGACCUGCUUCAGCAAGAGUGAACAUUCGGGAGGCACAGUUCCAUUGCUAAACCUCAAGACACUAUUAAUUCAAGUGACUGUUACAUAUAGCCCACUUUUUAUCAAUAGCUCCUGUAUCAUUUGUGAUGCUCUGUGAAAACUGUAAAAUCACUUAUAGUGUAGAAUGAAUGUAAGUUUGAUUUAUAUGAAGGUGUUUAUAUGAAUUAGGCAUAUGAUAUGUGCCUAAUAUCAGACACUAUGUCACAUACAUUUAUUUCACAGUAUAUUGCAUGUUACAUUGUAAUAUAUGGUAAUCGAUAAUAUACAUGAAUAAAAUGGGCCAUUGCAAAGUAAUAUAAAGCAGAAUAAAAAAAAAAUUAAACAGGUCUCUGGCACGUAGAUUGCAUUUGGUGAUAUAUAAAAGUGAAUCUCUCUGUUACCCGUUAUAAAAGUUUGACACAGUAAAUUUGUAUAGUAGUGGUUAUGCUAUGAACUUACCAUAGUUUUCUUGCUUUGCCAUGUUUUCUAAUAUGCUUUACCAUACCUCUGGUCUUUACAAUGCUUACCUCUGCUUUACCAUGCUUUCACUGUGCUUUAUUACACUUUGCUAUGCUUUUACUAUGGGAAACUUCAAUAAGGGGUAGUGAAGGGCUGGCAGUAGGUGUUCGAUUGGCAGGUGCUUCCAUAUCCAAGACAAUACAAAUGAUGCUUCACUUGGAACAAAAGAGAUGACUCUCUCUCUCUGUCUCUACGGGCCGAUCUAGAGUCUUUGCUGAAGAUUUCCACCCUAAUAUUGCUACUAGAAGACUCAUCAUGUAGAAAACAAAACAUCCUUGCAGCCCAUGAUUGCCCUGCAUCAUAUAAAGCAACUUUUACAUGCAUGUUUUCAAGGAACCACUUUCAUACAGGCACAUAUAAUGCAGAGUUAUACAAAGGAAUGUCCACCGUUUCUCGUCCGGUACAGAAUAUCAGAAGACAACAGCAGCCCCUGGAGGAGAGGUGACGUACACAGUGACCCCAAUACUCCCUGGAUUAUCUGUACCGUGGAUCACUUAAGAAGGACACGGACAGUGAGGUCACCCUUAACAAGAUUAAAAUUAUCCCAAACUGAUCCGGCAACAGAGAUGGAUUAAUAUGAACCGUGGAAAGAUGCUGUGAUGCAACUUCCAAUGCUGUCUGGGAUGACUGGGAUAUCCAUGCGAUGACAUGCACUUCAUUUCACCUGCACUACUAAAUCAUGUGCAGUAGGUCAUAAUUAGUACAACUCAAACACGCUCUGUUUUGAUUAAUUUUUUGUCAUUUUUCCAACUUGCUGGAAAAUGAUUAAUUAUGCCAAGGAUUUGGAUCACAUAAUAAAGAAAUUUAGGGUUUUUCCAACACAAUGCAAGUUUUUCUUAUUGAAUCUUGGUAUACUUUGUGAAAAUGGUUACAGUGGUAUAAAUGUGUGCAGGUUCAUCUAAUGAUCUAGGAUUCAAUUGUAAUUAUUGCAUUGAUUUCUUUGUAUCAGCUUUUAAAACGUACCAAAUACAAUACAAUACAACGUCAUUGUUAUAUAGCUCCCUUCACACCAUGGCAUCCCAGAGCGCUGUACAGAGUUAAAAACUAAACAAACAACUCAUAUGUACAAUACACCAGCUACAACCAAAUAGGUAUGGAGUCAGAAUGGCCAUAAUCCAUGAAGGACACAACUAUGCUGUCUGCAGUUAUUUGGUACUUUUCAAAAGCUGCUAAAUGGUUGCAGCACCAAUGUAAUCACUGGGUAAACCUGAGCAGGGUUAGCGGCUUGUAUCCCUUCAUGUACACAGUGAGGCUUUAUAUAUAUUAAACAAACACAAAUCUUUAUUAAACGUAACAUUUAUCAAGGUCUUUAUGCCAUUGUGCAACGUGUGUCAUUUUGGUGAGAGGGUAAAUAUAGCUGUAAUUGGCCCUAUUCAAAGAACUGUAACUCAUAAGAUAAAGUUUGAUAUUGAUGAAACUGUUCUAGCCAGCAACAGUGUAAACCAUUAUGAUGAAAAUGUGUUUUAUUAAUAGAAAGUGUUACAGUCCACCCUGCAGCGUCACACAAAGUGUGUUUCUUUACCUUUGCUGUAUGUUUGUAUGGCAGCAAUAUAGUUCUCAAAUUAAUCCCAAUUGUUCUGAUAUUUUUGUUCCCACGUCGUGGGAUAUAAAUCACCUGGGGCACACAUUUCUCAACUUUCACUCUGGGGCGUAAAUACAGUGUUUAGCUGCAAUACAGGGUACAGGAUACAGCAAAGGUACAGUAAUGCAUUUCCUACACUGCAGGGCAUUCUGUAACAGUUCCAAACUUUGUGAACACAAAACCAAUGACAAACUGCUCAGAAGAUUCAAAGUGGUGCCCAGAGUGGCUUGUAACUAGUUCUGUAUCAUUAAAAGAGUGCUGAUCAAUGAUUUCAAAAUCAUUUUCUUACUUCUAAUUUGUUAUAUUGUUACUGCCCCCCUUUUUAUUGUGUAGAGAUGUUUGGUUCUUGGUUUAUUUACGUUCAUUCAGGAUAUGCAAAUGUUUAAAAUACGCUAUAGAUAAACUGCUGCAUCCUGACACCUUUGCUGUAGAUCACAUGAUCUGAUUGCAGCUAGACCAUUGGAGUGACAUUAAACCACACAGGAAGUGAUCAGGUACCAGGAAGCAGCAGCAGCGUUAUAUUUGAAAUAUCUGCAUAUUCCAUAUUGAAGAGUGAAAUGCAAGCAAAGAAUCAAAAGAUAUUUGGAGUAAAAGGGGGUCAGUGACAAUAUUGUUAAUGCCCCUUAUGGUUGUUUUGCAGUUUUCCCACAGUUAUAUUAUGCAUUUACCAUAGUUUACCAUAGUUUGCCAUGUUUUCAAUAUGCUUUACCAUACCUCUCUGUGUGUUACAAUGCUUGCUUAUGCUUUCCAAUGAGUUCACUAUGCAUUAUUACACUUUGCUAUGCUUUUAUUAUGAGAAAAUUAAUGCAAGGUAAAGGGUGAUUUUCUGAGACAAUUGAAACAAACAGUAUGAAACUUUCUGGAAUUCAUGUUCUGGGUAAUGUAUAGCUUUUAUAAUUUUUUUUUUUUUUUACUGCAAACGUUAAAAUUCCUCUGAAAAUAUAUAUUUUUCUUUUUCUUUCACAAAAACGGUUCCUUUUGCUCUGCAGGGCAAACGUCUUGUUGAAUCUGGACUAAUGAUUGCUCACUUUUAAAUGUGCAAGGGGUCAGCCUUGUUCCUUGCAAACAAGUAGAAUGUUGAACACCAGAAGCAACACCUGACUGAUUCUUAAACUAGGACCUAAAAACAAGGAAAGACCAUACACUUAUAACAGCCAGGACUAGAGCACCCAUCGAGUGUGCUUGGAGACCACAGCUUCCAUCGCUACUAUGCCAUCCUCAGCUCUGUCCUGGGCUUUACUCACUCGCACUCCUUGUAAACUCCAUGCGCCCUGUGGUUAUUGCACAAUUGAAAGUAUUUUAAAUAUUUACAUAUCCUGAUUUAACGUAAAUCCUUGGUUAGCACUCCUUCAAGAAGUAAUAGGCAUUAACAGACAGCUUGAUGGUUGAUUGAAUAGCUCACUACACUGACAGGCCCUGACACAAGAGGGCUCCAUUUCGACAUACUAGUAGAUAAUAGUAGAUGGUUUUGUCAGAAUAGUGUGGUCUAUCGCAGCUGCAAAUUCACCUUGGAGAAAUGCACAUUUUGGAAUUUGACAAAAUAAAAGAAAGUGUUAUCAUGCAGCUUUGGGGAUGCAGGGAUAAUAUAUUGUAACAACAACCUAAUAAAAAUCAUUACCUUAGUAGCAUAAUCGUAUUUCUACAGUAGUUCUGUAGUUCUGCUCUUAAUAUUUUUGUUUUCAUAUUAAGUUCUGGCAGGAAAAAAAGGUGAAAAUAAAGUCUGGAAAACAAAAAGAUUGACAGCAAUACAUGUGGGACUGUGGGAUGAGAGUAACGAAUAGUGCGUUAUUAAAAUUCACUGUUUUAAUAGACAGUGCUUCCAUGUUACUAUCUGACAAAUAAUACAGAAACAAUAUACAGAUGUAUUUUUGAUACACAAUAUAUUAAGAGUUUUAUAUAAUAUGUAUUUAUUUAAUUAGUUGUGCCAAUACUUUUGACAGCUUUACCUUAUAUAUAUAAUCACUUUGUAAUUAUAUAGCGAAAUAUAGUGGAAUACAUGGGACAAAAUAAUACAGAAUUUGCCAUUUUGUAAUAUAUUUAUAUUCUGUACUGUUCUGAAAUAUAUUGACAUACAUAUAUUGCACAAUAUUU